CCUGAGUCGUCCCCUGGGAGGGUUAUGCACAUCAGGGCUUUUUUUUUCUUUUUCUCACUGCCAUGGGCUGAUGUAUUCCACCGACCAUUUGUUCAUUCAUUGCCUUGCGCUUGUGAUUGUUGUUGCAUGACUCAAAACACGGUAGGAGGCUAUCAGCGACGGCGAAGGGCUCUGCCUGAGAUUCUGACUGAAGACUUGGAGUUGUUUUGAAGAGGUAGAGAUGGUUGAUGAGCUUGAAGACGUAGAGAUGGUUGAACUUGAAGGCAUAGAGCUGGUUGAACUUGAAUGCGUAGAGCUGGUUGAACUUGAAGACGUAGAGUUGGUUGAGCUUGAAGACGUACAGUUUACUGA